GCUAGCAACUGAAUUCCAUCAUUCCAGGCAUUCCUGCCCUCUCCUUCCUCCUCCUUUUUCCUCGUUUACCACCAAGUUGGUUCCGACAACUCGGCUACUAUUACCCUGCCUCCCACGGAGCACUCCAGCCGCGGAUUAAGCCUUUUUUUUUUCUUUCUUUUUUUAAAUCUGUGUGGAAUAUCUACUUUUAUUCACUGGUAUUUGCCUGCGCGUGGACGUUGUACUAGUGGACGCUACCAAAGUGGCGCUCAAAGGAGGAAACAAACAAAAAAACUGAAAUGGUUUAAACCUCUGCGACGAGGUGGCGACUUGUCCAGGAUGUACCCCGCCUACCGCCCGAAUGCAGCUGAGAUAGGCUCUAGCGACCCCAAAAGGGACAAGCGCAGGCAUCCGAGCAUGGAGACGCCACUGGAUGUUCUGUCAAGAGCAGCGUCAUUUGUUCAUGCAAACGAAGAAGAGAGAGAAGCAACCUUGCGGGGGGACCCCAGACUCCAGUCCUUGUCCUUGUCUUCCUCCUCGUCGUCUUCUUCAUCCUCCUCCUCCUCCUCGUCCAUCUCAAGCCACAGGACGGGCCCGCCUCCCAUCAGUCCCACCAAGAGGAAGCUGAGCAGCGAGCAGGGUGACAGUGACAUGGACGACAACGAGCACGUGGCCAAGAUGAGCCGACUUUUCGCCACGCAGUUGAAACCUCACGGCGACUAUCGCAGCUCCAAGGACCAGAACCGGAGCCCCGUCGAGCGCGUGGUGUUGCCCAACGCUCUUGGCGUCCACGCCAACCACCUGUACAGCCACGCCCACCACCACCACCACCACCACCAUCACCACCAGCAGCAGCAGCAGCAGCAUCAUCACCAUCACCACCUGGCCAGUUUAGCCGCCAUGGACCAGCCGCUGGCGCUUACCAAGAGCAGCAUGGCGGAGUCGGCGGCGCGGAGCAGCGCGGCAGCUAUGGCCGCCGUCCCGCACGCCGUCACAGAACGCCAGCAGAAUCGUCCGUCUGUGAUCACGUGCGCUCCCGCUAACAACCGCAAUUGCAACUUGUCUCACUGCCCGCUGUCUCACAAUGGCUGCUCCAGCCUGGCGAACAACUACAGGAGAGUCCACACCAACACGGCGUGCGACCCCGUGAUCGAGGAGCACUUCCGCCGCAGCCUCGGCAAGAACUACAAACCCGAGCUGGAGCCGGCGGCGGCGGCGGCGAGCGCCACCAACUCGGUGUCCAUCACGGGCUCCGUCGACGACCACUUCGCCAAAGCGCUGGGCGAGACCUGGCUGCAGAUCAAGAACAAGAGCAGCCCGUCGUCAUCCGCCAGCAGCCCAAACUCCUCCCCCGACAGUCACAUGAUCAACCACAACCACUCCCCCUCCCUGGUCUCCUGAACAGGCCCCGCCCCCAUCCCGGCCUCCUUGAGGGAGCGCCCGCCCUGGUCUGCUUACACCCCCCCACACACACUCCUCCCCCUCCCAAUCCAGCAAUAACAAAGUGUCACGUGACGAGGAUUCAUCCUUCUUUGUACAUAACGAACACCUUUUUUGUUUUUACACUUUUUUUCGUUCGUCGUCGUCGUUUCGUGUCUGGAUCCGAGAGAAAAGAAGCGAGCAAGAAAGGCCGAAGACCUCCCGUUGCUUCCAAGCCCCGCCCACCCGUUCGACUGGCUCGAGUCUUCCGCUAGCCAACCUCUGAACCACUCCAGUCCAUUAGUCCCACACAGUUCCGUCAUUCCCGAUCGUUUUCUCCCUUUUCUCUCACGCCAGUUUCGGUCCUGUAGCUCCGCCCCCUUUUGUCGAAACAACGCACUGUGUUUUUUUUUUUUUUUUAGGUUUUUCUUAAGGUGUGAAGGGUAAACUAAUGCAUGUCUUUUUUGUGUUUUGUUUUGAAUAAUAGCUGGUAUCUAUUAGUAAGCAUUUCAACCUAAUUAGCUCGCAAGUAAGUAACACACGCUAAAAACUCACUGCUGGAUCAGUCGUACACCACCUCGUUGUUGUUGUUACACCCCCUUUUUCUUCUCGGACAGGCGCCGCCAAAGUUAACAUUGGGCGUCGCUUCACUCGUUUUUUUUUUUUUUUUUUCGACGCCAGGACGACGAAACAUUCCUCCUGCAGGGAAUUCACAAGAACAAUCGAUUUGUUGGUCGAACGGCGUCCUUAGGAGUGCGCCACUCGGUAACGGCUCCCGAAAGAUGCAGCAGGGAAGGGAUUCACACGGCCCCGUUCCGCCUGAGAGUACAUUUAAUCAUUUUGCAAUGCAGUCUGCUGAAAACGAUGGAAAGCGCUGGUCCACGUUGGAAUCGCCACAAAACACACGUUAAGACGCUGAAUUUUGUCAGGCGAACCACAAAGAAAGGGGCUUCAUGAAUCCACUUCCCAAUGUGCCGGCUGCUCGAUACAACACUAGCAUGGAAACAGGAGUUCAGACCCAUCCAUUGCAUCCCAUUAAACCCACUUACUUGGAUUCAUCAGUGGGGAAUUUUGCCAUUUUACUGACAUUUGGUGAAUCAUUACUAUAACCUGCUGUCAUCUGUAACAGUCCCGUUUGUUGAAGACCAGGGGUGUCCAAAGUGCGGCCUCUUAUUUGAUUUAGAAAAUACUAUCACGAAACAACAUAAGUGAACUAAAAGAGCAAACAGGUGUCAUUUAAUGAAAUGUUGCAAAAUUGACACUAAUAACAAGUAAUGGACUUACAAAAAAAUGGGCCUUUUGUCUACAUGAAACAAAAGUUAUGAACAUAAAAUUGAAGAUAAUUAAAUAAGAAAGUUUUUUACUUUAAAAGUGUCAUUGUUCCCAAAAAAAUAAUAAAAACUCCGGAUCGAAGGAUAAAACUAAAGUGGGCGUCAAACCUGAUUCACCAAGUACUACUUGGCUCUGCAGGUACCGCGAUAAAGAUCAACAAUAACAUACAGUUGCGUAGUAGGCCUAUGUUUGCAUUAAAAACAUGGUAGAACUUUUAUUUAAGUAGUAUAUAUAUAUAUAUAUAUAUAUA